AUGAUGGUACUGGGGAAGGUCGCAACUCCCAGCGCGUUAGGGGCGAGCAAGAGCGGGAAGCUGGUUGUGCCGAAGCCGGUUAACCUGCCGUCGCUGCGACGGGAGCACGCGGGCAACGAUCCGUCCGUCUCGCUUGUUCCCGCAAGCAGCACAGUCUCGGGAUGGCAGAGGCCCCCAGGAGGGAAGCCGCAAGGAGAAGGGACGUCUGCAGCUACUCCUUCACUAUCAGCAUCAGCAUCAGCAUCAGCAUCAGCGUCAGCAGCGGCAGCAGCAGCAGCAGCAGCAGCAGGAGUAUCAGCCGCAGUUCGUUCGUCAAGUGCGACACACGAGGCGCGACGGUGCGUCUCGCUCUCCCCUCCUCCUCAAGGUUUCGACUUCCCGCCGAUUUCAGCAGCAGCAGCAGCAGCGGCAGCAGCGGUGUCUGGAGCCGAGCCGAGUCGCGCCUCCUCGGCGCACCGACCUGGGGUGUACCAACCACCAGGCUCACGUGGCGGUAGCAGUGCCACGUCAGCCACCACAUCAACUGUUUCGGCAGUUGGCAACACCGGGGUUGUUUUACGCGGGGAGGAUUUUCCUUCGCUGGAUGAUGCGACAAAGAAGCCAGCAAGCAGUGUUUCCGCAAGCGUCGGGCGCGGUAAGGAGCAACAGGGCAAGAAGAAAACGAAGGCGCUAGAGGCUAAUAACGGGGAUGAGCUGGCCCGAUCGGCGCAGGAGCGCGGCGGAGGGGACGAGGCAGGCCGGGCGACGGAACGGUCCCAGGGUAACGAUGCGGCGACGAAACGGGUUACCAGUGGGCGAUGGGGUGACGAAGAGUCGGAUCACGAGCAGAACGAACGAGAUCCUUUGUCCGGAUCACAGCCUAACAAGGCGCCAGGGUUCAUUUCCAGAGACCAAGGCGGCGAGGCUUCUGGCGAUUCCGCUACUUUCGGUGCGGACAGGAUGGACAGACAUCCCCGUUAUAAGGAGAACGAGAGACCGAGCAGGCAUGGCGAUGGCAUGCUUCCGCCGAAUCGGUUCGGUCCGCCACCCGGGGGAGGCUUCCGCCGACCUUCCCCCCCGCGCAGAGCAUGGGCGGACGAUGAGCGGGACCUUGCGCCACCCCAACCCUAUCCGCCUCCUGGGGGAAGACUGCCUUUUCCGCACAGAUUCGACGGUCCGAGGGGUCAAUUCGACGGUUAUGGUCCCCCCAUGGGUGGAGACCCGGGGGGGUUUCAUGCUAACGGAUGGGAUUCUAGAGAGGGCUUCCGCGAUUAUGGGCCGAGAAAUGGCGCCAGGGAGUGGCACGGGGAUCCGAGGCAUAACGAGGCGGGCAUGUGGCGGAGGGAGGACGCGCGCGGAUGGGCGGAACGGCCUCCCGCUGGGAGAGGCGGAAGAGGGCCGGGACCAGGCCCCCCAGGACCCCCAGGCCCCCCGGGUCCGCCGGGUCCGCCAGGCCCCCCGCCCCACCCAGGCCUCCCAGGUCCCCCGGGUCCCCCAGAUCCCCGAGGCCCCCCGGGACAAGCGGGACGGCCAGGGCCGUUAGGUCCGCCGGGGCCGCCGGGACUGCUAGGGGCGCCGGGGUCAGGAGCAGCAGGGGGGCCGCCAGGGCCGCCUUUCCCGGGUGAGUAUGAGCGGUACGGGCCCAUGGGGGAUGGGGGGAGAGGAAGAGGGGGUAGUGGUGGUGGAUAUGGUCCGAGGGGGGAAUUUGCCAGGGGUUUCGGGCCAGGCCAGGCUUUUGGCCCCGGUCAGGGUUUUGGGCCCGGUCAGGGGUUUGGACCUGGUCAGGGUUUUGGGCCGGGUCAGGGUUUCAGGCCGAACAGGGAAGGUGGAGGGAGGGGCAUGGGCCCGGAAGUUUUUGCCCAUGGGCCGAGAAUGGAAUUGCAGUCCUUGCCACGUGUAGGAGUUGAACCUCCGCCUAGCCUUGGGCUUGGGCCGCUGGGGCUGCUGAGGCGGAAGAAACUGGAGGGCGAGGGUGGGAGGUCGGAGUUUCGGGACUUGGAACGAGAGAGGUUUGAAGAGGAGCUCGAGAGGUUGCAGUCGCAGAAGGAUAAGGAGAAGGUGAGGAAGGAGGAGGAGGAGCAGCGGGCGGCGGAGGUGGCGAGGCAGCAGCAGGAGGAGGCGGUGAGGAGGGGAAGAGAGGAGGAGGAGAGGAGGCGGAGGGUGGAGGAAGGGGAGAGGGAGGCGGCGAGGAGGGCUAAGGUGGAGGAGGAGGAGGCGGUGAGACGGGUGGAGGAGGAGAGGAGGCGAGUGCAGGAGGAGAGGCGGAAGAUUCAGGAGGAGGAGGAGAGGAGGAAGGAGAAUGCGAGGAGGAAGUUGGUUGAGUUGGAAGAGAGGAUUGCGAGGAGGAAGGCUGAGGAGGAGGAGAGGAAGAGGAGGGAGGAGGGGAAAGAGGAGGAGGAGGGGAAAGAGGGGAAGGAGCGUAAGGGAGCAGAGGAGCGGUGUGGGGUGGUGACCGGUGCUGGGCUGGAGCAGCAGGGUGGGGCCUCGGUGAGUGUGGCAGAGUUGAGUCUUGAGGAAAAGGGUGCGGUGCUUGGGGAGGGGCGAGAACACGAGGGGCAGGGACAGGGGCAGGAGCAGGGGCAGGGUCAGGGGCAGGGGCAGGGGCAGAGGCAGGGGCAGCAUAAGCAGAAAGGAAAAGUCGCACCAGAAUGCUCUCAAGAAGAAGAAGGAGCUGCAAUUGGGGCUAAACCUGUUGGUGGUGAUGGCGGCAGCAUCCAGGAAAAUUCUGAGUCGACUCAAGAGGUUGCAGCUGCUGGUCCUGAGGGGGAGAGCCGUCAAGAGAUUGCAGAUAAGGACGAGAAGAAUGGAACCGUUGAUUACGUGGCAAAUGGUGACACGUGGGAAGAUGGCGAGGGGGUUUGUGGUGAGCAGAAAGCGAUAGGGCGCGAAGUGGGAGGGGUGGGUGGGGAGAGGUUGCAAGAGGAAAUGAAGGAGGUCGGGGGAGAGGGAGGAAGAGGGGUUGAGGGAGUGGGAGAAGGAGUAGGAGAGGGAGGGGGAACGGACGACUCUCAGCUUAACCUUCAGGAGUUGCACAAAGCGCAGCAGCAGGUGCAGCAGAAGGAGCAGCAGGAGCUGCAGCAGCAGCAGCAGCAGCAGCAGCAGCAGGAGCGGCAGGAGCAGCAGAAGCAGCAGGUGGGGCCUUUGGCUGGGUCCGCCGCUGUCCCACCGCUCUAUCAUGCGAGUGCGGAUGCGAGGCAGAAAGGAAUGGGCGAGAGGCAGCAAGACGCGAGUCAGCAAGGCAACCACGCAAGCACUCAGCGUUUCUUUGACCCGGGUGGUGAUGCUCAUAUGAAAGGUGAAGGCUCAGACCGGGCCGGGUUUGGGUUUUCGCCGUGGAAUCAGCAUCAGCUGCAGCAGUACCAGCAGCAGCAGCAGCAGCAGCAGCAGCAGCAGCAGCAGCAGCAGCAGCAGCAGCAGCAGCAGCAGGUGCAGGGGAUUUCGUUUCCUGCGUACGGAUUUCCUGGCCCAGGCCCUAUCUUGCGCUCCCAUCAGUUCGCCCCACCUUAUCCUCACUUCCCUGCAAUGCAGCAGCAGCAUGUGCACCCCCACCCCUUCCACCAGCCUUUCCCGGGGCAGCAGCAGCAACAACAGCAACAGCAGCAGCAGCAACAGCAACAGCAGCAACAGCACCAGCAGCACCAGCAGCAGCAGCACCAGCAGCAGCAGCAGCAACAGCAACAGCAGCAACAGCACCAGCAGCACCAGCAGCAGCAGCACCAGCAGCAGCAGCAGCAGCAGCCACCGUUGCUGCACCGGCCGCCUGGGCUUGCUCCUGGGUUUCUCGCGCAUGGGAAUGCUGGCCGCGGCUUUGCCUCGUUCUCUGACAAUGCCCCAGCAGUGGGAGCAGUGGGAGCAGUGGGAGCAGUGGGGCAAAUGGGGGCAGGUUCAGUGGGUACUGUGAACUCAGUUUCAGGCGGAGGAGCAGCAGGGGGUGGGGCAGGAGGAAGAGGAGCAGGCGGAGGAGGAAGGGAAAGUGGUGGUGUGGCAGCGGGCAGGGCGGGGCACCAAAGGAAGGACGAGUUUGGAGGGAGAGAAAUUGGUGGUGGGAGAGAGGCGGGCAGUGGGAAAGAGGCGGGCAGUCAGGGACAAAAGCGGUUUACAGAGAUGGGUAAUGGUGGUGGGGUGGUGGGGAGAGACAGUCAAUGGGGAGAGUCUGGGUCCGGGCAGUAUCUGGAAUGGAGACGGAUCGGACCUGAACCUGCUCCAGGUAUGUUUCUCGGGCAGGCUCGGCAGCCCGGAGCAGAGCAGUGGCAGGGGCGGGCUGGUUUCGGGCAGGAGGAAAUUUCUGGUGGAUCGGGACGGGCGGACGGGCGAAAUUGGGCGAAUCAACUGAAUGGAGUAGGAGGGGGGGAUGGGCAUGAGAGGAGAGGAGAGAUGGGGCAGCAGAUAUGCAAUUUAGGGUUGCAGGUGGGGAAGGGAGAGGGAGAAGGGCGGGCAGAGGGGAGGGAGAGGGGUGUGAUGGGAGGGAUGGGUGUGGAGCAUGAUUCGGAAAUGAGUGAAUCUGAAAGUCUUCCUGCUGAUGUGGUGAAUGAGUUGGGGGCGCUGCUGUCAGAUCGAGACGAGGGUAUGUCUGAUAGAGAGGAGGGGCUGGUGGGAAUGGGUGAUCAUGAGCGGGAGGUGAUUGGUGGAGAAGAGAAGGAGAGGGUGGGGGGAAACGAAGGGCUGGAUUCUGUUAAAAAAGAGGGAGGGGUGGGUGAUAAGGGAAUUGUGGGUGGUAAGGGAGGGGUGGAGGCGGAGGGGAAGCAGCUUUCGGGUGGAGAGACGGCAAGAGCUUUUGAAGAGAAUGGGAACGGGACUGCCCCUGCUGCUGCAUCUGCUGCUAGUGCUGCUUCCAAGCCGUCUCUCCCGUCCCUAAUGCGUUCCUCUGGAGCUCCCUUUGUCAUCCAAAUCGGUUCUGUGCCUCUCACUGUUGGCGGGCCUGCCCAGCUGCCCGGGCAGAGUGAAAUUUCUGGAGCGUGCCCUGUGCCAAUGUUUCAGUUCGGGCAGAUUGGGGUGCCGGCGUCAGUGUCACCUCCUCUGCAGGCUGGUGCUCGACCCAUUGGCAGUGGUAGGGGGGCAAGGGGAGGAAGGGGAGUGAGGGGUGGUCAUGCAGGGGGGCAGGUUGGGCAGGCACAAGGGCAGGGACAAGGACAGGUGCAAGCAACCCCAUCACAUGGCCGUGGGAAAGGCAGGGAUGGGUUUACCACCACCCCUUUGGUUCCUGGUAUGACUGCUCGACCUGGACUUGCAGCCUCGGCUGUUGGUGCGGUAAAUGGUCCGGUAACAGGUUCGGCUGUAGCUCCGGCGGCUGGUUCGGCAGCAGGAACGACUCCUGCUUGGUUCGUUGCUCAGGGCGUGAGGGUUCAGGAGGGGAGGGCUGGACAGUAUCUGGAGGUGCAAGGAGCAGGGUAUUCUGAGAUUAGAGGGAGUGAUGGUGUGGUGGUGAGGACGAGGAUUGGAGGGAGGGGAGGAGGCGGGGAUAGGAGGAGGGGUGGCGGAAGGGGGAGAGGGGGAGAUGUGGUGGGAAGGCAGGUGGGGGAGAGAGGAGGGAAGGGAGGGGAGAGUGGGGGGAAGAGAGAGGAGGUGGGUGUGAGAGUCCAGGGUGUGACCGUACUGCAGGGUGAUAGUAAGGGAGUGGGUGGGGCCUGUGAUGAAGCUCAGGUGAAGCAGGCAGCUGUAGCUGAAACUCCUGGGUCCUCACCUGGGCGGUCUGCUGGGGGAACAAAGCCUCUGGCAGGUGCUGAGAGUGACGUGGCUUCAGGUGCUUCUUCAGGUGUUUUUUCAGGUGGUUCAGACAGUGGAGUGUCUGAGGUGGAAGGGGCGUAUGAGAGUGCGGAGGGGUCUGAAGGGGAGGAGGAGAGUGGGGAGCACGAGGCCAGGAGGACAGAAGAGAAGGAGCAGCAAGAGAAGGAGCUGAAACAGGAAGGAAAGGAGGUAAAAGGGGCGGCGGAUGGGGCGAGGGAGGGGGAGGGGGAGGGGAAGGGAACUGCAGAGUUGCAGGUUGGUUCAGAGGGGAAAGCUCCAAAAGGUAGUGCGAGUGGGGAUGGGAGUCAGCACUCACAGCCCAAUGCUCGUGAGGGAGAAAAGCAGCAGCAGCAGCAGCAGCAGCAGCAGCAGCAGCAGUCGAAGCGAGCAGUGAGCAUUCGUCGGCCUUUCUCCAUGUUCCCAACCGCCUUCCUCUCCUCCCUAGGGUUCCUCUCUGGCGCCUCCUCCUCCGCCUCCUCCCCUUCCUCCACCUCGCCUCCAGCAGGGAAAACCCCCUCUGAAGCACCAUCGGAAGCUCUAUCCCAAGGGGCAGGUAAUGCAUCAGUGCGGGCAGCAGACGGAUCAGAAGGACCAGAAGAAACAGCAGGGCCGUCGGUGGGGGAUAAGUCACAGGCAGCCUCCAGUGCAGCAACAGCUGAUGAUUCCGGUGCUUCACCUGCUGCUGCUGCUGGUCUGGGUGUGGAUGUGUCCGCCUCAGCAACUGUAGCAGCAGUAGCAGGAGAAGAAGACACAGCAGCUGCAGCAGUGAAAGACGCGUCUAAGAAGGCUGCAGCGGGUGGUUCUGCUCCAGCUGCUACAGCAGGAGGUUCCCUAGUGGAACCACGCGCAGGGUCUAGGGGCAGAGAGAGAAAGGGGAAGAAUUCGGGUGUGGGCAGGGAAGGGGCGGGAAAAGGGUUGACUGGGCAGCAGGGCAGCAAGCAGCGGGCAGGCGUGAGGGCAGCGGCCCCUGAAUCUGGCGCUGGUGCUGGCGACAGCAAGAGCAGUGGAAGCAAGGAGGAGAGAAGAGAGGGGGGGCAUGGGCAUACGAAGCUUGACUGGCUAGUUUCGAGGCUGGAGAGUUUGGGGGAUUCCGAGUUCGGGCAGGUGGGUCAGCCCAUGCAAGCAGGCAUUUCCCUGUCAAAUUCCGGGCAGGUUGGAGGAACGGGGCAGGAAGGAUUGGGGCACGUAGGUAUGGGGCAGGUAGGAGUGGGGCAGGCGGGUAUGGGUUUUCCUAUGUCACAGUAUGGCCAAGGGGUAUAUAAUGUGUCACAACAGCAGCCCUCACAGCAGCAGCCCUUACAACAGCAGUCCAUGCCUUACCACUGGCCACACCUUCCCCAGUUUCCACCUCCCCCCAUGGGCCCUGCAUUGCCUUCCCCCCCCAUCGGUCCCUCCCUCCUCCCAUUCCCUCCUCCUGCUCUUUUCUCCUCUCAACACCUUCAACCCCAACCCACUCAACAGUCUUUCGCAGCAGCGCCGCCCCUGCUUUCCCAUACCAGCGCCCCAGCUUCGGCUACGUCACAUGCCGAAGCAGCCGGUGGUAUGGCAGGCUCCCAAGCCUUGAAGCUAGGCUUGGAGGGUGGUAGCAGGGGUGGAGGUGAGAAAGACGGGGGAGGAAGCUGGGUAGAAGGAAGCGGGAAGGAAGGGCAACAUCAGACUGGGGUGGUGGUGCAAGGGAGCAUGGCAGGAGCAGCAGCACAGACAAUGGCACAGUCAGCAGGAGUGGGGAUGGUAGGAGCGGGUGGUUUGCCCGUUUCCCUUCCCAAUGUCUACCUUUCACAGCUUGGGCCUGUACCUGUAGGAAUGGCAGGAGGUAUGGCAGGAGGAGUGGCAGCCUCACAGCGGUAUGGAAAUAGGCCCAUCAUCAGGCAGCACGAAUUCGCCGCUCAGCCACAGGAGGGCGCGAAGAGCCACGUGCGGCGGGACCUGCUGCUGCAGAUUCAGGCGGCCGUGCAGAAGCAGUGGGAGGAGGAGAAGGUAUUCGAGGCCACGGCCAAGGAGGGAGCAGUUGCUGGGUCCGGCCCUCGUGAUGACCGCUUCUUUGGCAACUUCCCCUACCCCUACAUGAACGGGCUGCUGCAUUUGGGUCACGCGUUCACUCUUUCUAAGGUGGAGUUCGCAGCAUCGUACCACCGGCUGAGGGGAGCUAAUGUGUUGUUCCCCUUCGGCUUCCACUGCACUGGCAUGCCCAUCAAGGCGUGCGCAGACAAGCUAGCGCGUGAGAUGGACACAUACGGGUAUCCACCCCAGUUCCCCAGCGAGGAGGAAGCGGCGGCUCUGGAGGCACUCUCCAUUGCGGAGGGCAGUGCUGCUGCAGAGGGGGGGGAUGGGGCGGCCACGGACGGGGCUAAGGGGGAGGAGCAGAAGGCCCCUGGGCAGUUCAAGGGGAAGAAGUCCAAGGCGGCUGCCAAGACAGGGACGGCCAAGUACCAGUGGGAGAUCAUGCGGUCUAUGGGCAUGUCAGACGAGGAGAUCAAGCCCUUCAAAGACCCUGCACACUGGCUCACCUACUUUCCCCCUAUCGCUGUGGACGAUCUCAAAGCCUUUGGGCUGGGUGUGGACUGGCGGCGCUCCUUCAUCACCACGGACAUGAACCCCUACUAUGACUCCUUUGCUCGCUGGCACCUGCAGUCGCUCUAUAACAAGGGCAAGGUGGUGAAGGACCGCCGCUACACCAUCUUCUCGCCGCUGGACGGGCAGCCCUGUGCCGACCAUGACAGGGCGUCAGGGGAGGGCGUGCUGCCUCAGGAGUACACACUCAUCAAGAUGCAAGUUGUGCCGCCGCUCACAGGCAAGCUCGAGGCUCUUGCGGGCAGAAAUAUUUUUCUCGCCGCUGCCACGCUGCGCCCGGAGACCAUGUAUGGGCAGACAAACGCUUGGGUGCUGCCAGAUGGGCAGUAUGGCGCGUUUGAAGUGAACGAAGCGGGAGACGUGUUUGUGGUAACCAAGCGAUCGGCUCUGAACCUCUCCUACCAGUUCCACUCCAAGGAGUUUGGCAAGCCGAACUGCCUGCUGGAGCUGACGGGGCACGACCUGAUUGGCCUGCCUCUCAAGGCGCCUCUGACGCCCAACCCGGUCAUCUACGCCCUGCCCAUGCUCACCAUUCUCACGGACAAAGGCACGGGAGUGGUGACGAGUGUGCCCAGCGAUGCACCGGACGACUACAUGGCACUGCAGGACCUCAAGAGCAAGCCUGGACCUCAAGAGCAAGCCUGGUGA